GUAAAAAUGUUCAUACAUUAUCGUUCUGCCAUUCUUGAUUGGUCUUGAAGUUAGGGCUAGACUAGUAUUGGAAUGCUUGAUGAAUGUCGCGCGGGUUUCUGUAUUUUAUGUGCUGAAAGAAACACUCGGUCGGUGGAUUUUGGAGUUCUGAAUUUCUCUAUUCGAGGAAUUGAAGUUGUGAAAUAUCGAUUUUACCUUCGCUUGCACAUCGGAUUUCUAUUUACUCAAGUGAAAUUAGUUUCUCUUGAUUUCAGGCUGCAUUUCUUAUUGUGGAGGCCCGCAUUGGUAUUAUGGUAGAGAUAGAGCAAUUGGAGAAUAUUGAAUUUCAAUGGGGCAAAAGGAAAGGGAUUGGUGGGAAGAAGAAGGACGUGACCUUUUAUGAAUCUUUUACUUACGACGGUGUAGAAUAUUUUCUUUAUGACUCUGUCUACCUAUAUAAGGAAGGUGAACCAGAGCCUUAUAUUGGCAAAAUUCUUAAAAUCUGGCAGAAUCCUGAUAAGACAAAGAAAGUAAAAAUUCUUUGGUUUUUUCGGUCUUGUGAAAUUCGCAAUUAUCUUGGAGCUGAAGACACACGGGACGAUGAAUUAUUUUUGGCAUCCGGUGAUGGCGUUGGCCUUGCCAAUAUUAAUCCUCUGGAAGCAAUUGCUGGAAAGUGCAACGUUAUCUGCAUUUCAGAUGACAGCAGAAAUCCACGACCUUCAGAUGAAGAACUCGAAAAGGCUGAUUUUGUAUUUUUUCGUACAUUUGAUGUUGGAAAACAAGAGGUCUGCAAUGAGAUGUGUGCAAAAAUUGCUGGAGUAGAAGUUAAAUUUUUACUUAAUAGAUUAGAUACGUCAAAAGAUGUUACGAGGACCGAUACGGAUGGGAAAGAUGCAAGUGUCAUUGCAAUUGUAAAUACUGAAUCAAAAGAUCCUUCUGGACGUAAUACUUCCGAUGGGGAACUAACUUUGAAGACUACUGCAAACUCUUUCAAGAAGUCCACAAAGGAAAAUGUUGAGUUGGAGGAGCCUAUUGAGAAAUCCUCCAAUGGAGAGAGGUCUGGUGUAUGUGUGAUUGAUGGGGGAAAUGGAAUGGCUAGAACUAGUAGUAAACAAGAAAACAUCUUAGAUGAUAAGGUAUCUCCGAAGCCUGAAAUUGAUUCUACUGAGACACACGGUAAAGGUGUUGAAGCUCGAGCUAAGGAUGUUGACGGUAGAGUUAAAAGCCCCAGGGUCUCUGCUGAAGAUGAACAUAGGUCAGCAAAGAAGGCAAAACUAGAUAGUUCUGUUCAAUUAUCCCAUGGAAAGACCAAGAGUGACAUUGAAAGGCUUGCCCUCAAUUGCAAAAAUGGCUAUACACCUAAGGUUCUUGCUUCUGAAACCAAAGAUUAUCAUGAAACCAAAGAUAGCCUUAUAAAGAAGCCCAAGCUAGAUGAGAAGCCAACAAAGGUUUCUAAUGGCAAGAACCUAAAGGCCUCUUCCCAAAUAUCUUCAGUUACAGACUGCAAAAUAGAUGGUGAAAUUGUGGAAGUUACUAGAAGGCCAGAUGCUGAUAGAAGCAGAUGGUUCAAGGGACUGCCGUGGGAAGAAAGAAUAAAAGAUGCAUAUGAGCAAGGAACACUUGUUCUAAUUCAGAAUUUGGAUCCUGCUUACACUUCAGGUGAAGUGGAGGAUAUUGUCUGGCAUGCCUUCAACGAGAGUUGCACAGCUAAGAUGAUUCAGCGUACUGCAAUUUCUAUGCCUCACAUAGGUCAAGCUCAUGUUGUAUUCAAAACUAAGGAAGCAGCGGAGAAAGUGGUUCGAAAAUUAGAUGAAGGUUGCUUAUUACUUGCAAAUGGGAGAGCUCUUGUUGGUAGCUUUGCAAUUCCUCAACUUCCGUCAAAGAAACAAAUUUUUUUUGGGCAUCACAGUAUUGAUAAGCUUAGACAUCUAAUGCAACGUGAGAUGAAAGAAGCUGUAUCAACUUCACAUUGUUCUCAGCCGAACACAGUAGAAUACGACAUGGCCAUGGAAUGGUGUUUACUACAAGAAAGAUCAGAACGCGCCUGCAGAAAGUUGUUUAAGCAACAAGAAGAGGAGUUAAGAGAACUCAAGGGCAAGCUGAAAUCUAGAUGAGCUCCAUUGGCCUCACAGAGGCGUUCAACCAGUUGAGAAUCCUUUUGAUCUAGCACAUUUUGAAUCAUGGGAGGAGUACCUUUGUCUUGCUAGUAUCAGAGACGAUAGACUUAAUUAUCUUGCUCCUGCAAGUUAUUAAAGGGGAUUUAUCGGCAAUUGUCCAUUGAAAUGAGUGGAAAUCGGUCAGAUGAAGUCCUAGCUUUCCAAGGAUCAGCCGGAACAUCAGAAGGAACUUAAUGUCAGCGAGAGAAAAUUUCUAGGUGAGUGGCUUAUGAUUUUACUUGCGAUGUCUUUAGCUUAUGUAGUCGUCGGCUUUCCCUUCCUACACGCACAUGCCCAAAUUUUGAGGCUUUGGAACGAAGGCAGCAGUUGCAUGUGGAGACAUGCCAUUAUGGUUGGUUAGUAUAUAUGGAAUUCACUAUCUAUCUAUCCAUGGCCUUCUUCCUUCUCUGCCUCUGCUAAAAUUAGUUCUUAGUUUAGGUUAUGAUCUUGAUGUUUUGAUGAUAACUAAUGCCUAUAAUUAGUUUUGGUGCUCAAUUUGUUGUAGCUGUAUAGAAUAUGAGGGAUCAAUUAAAUCAAUUUUAAAUCAUCUUAUGUAGGGUUGUCUUGACCCAUACAAAU